ACAGUACACUAUUGCGCCUAUAAUCAAUACACAGGCUCUAGUCAAAAUCUAACUUUUGGACACCCAGUAUUUCCAAAAAACUAAAUUCGUCGAGUUCCCGGUAGUGUAUCAGUCGACCCCCUUUUUUCAGCAACCAGAUGGCCGGCUUCGUUUUCGGCGGUAUCGCGGCCUGUCGCCGAACCACCCACUGCCUCGGUCUGCUGCGCUCCUCCUACCGACCCCUUUGCCUUCAUCCGUCCUUGGCGCCACUGCACCAGCGACGCCGGCGGCACAGCAAUUCCUCGCGAUCCGGAGGUUCCGGCGAGAAGAAGAACCCAAAUGAGGUGAAGGGUCAAACCAAAGAGCCAGGCCACAGUGCUGGUGAAUUGGAGACGACAGCAGCGCCGCCUGAUCAUCCCAAGGCUCCUGGAGAGCAAAGACCCGAGUCGCCCUACGAGGUCCGGCCAAAGGUACUGCCCAUCCAGGAUCAGCCACAUCGCUCACAGCCCUCGCCUGCGGAGGUCAAGCCCCCAAACCCACACACUAUUGUCUGCAGCUCAGAUAACCAAGAUUUAUCGGGAUCUCCGGAAAAUGUUUUAGGAAAAAAUGAGAGCUUUGAAGACAAUGUGGUUGAGUUAGGGUCUCCGGUUAAGAUAACAGAAACAAAAGAUUUCGAAACAAAAUCUGAGUCUCAGAUUUUUCCAACCUCUACCGUAAUUGAUCUUAUAGAAAGCCCCAAGUAUCAUUCGUUAUCUGCCUCUGAAUCAAAAGAUGAUCCCAAAUUUGAAAACUUAUUGGCAAUUGAGUCCGAGCUUAAGUCCCUCACAGCAUCCAUAUCUGAAUUUAUUGAACAGCCUAAUCAACAAACCUUUUCUCCAAUUAAAGCAGAGCUCAAUUCCAUGGACUCGACCACAACUAAUCAAAAUUCUCAGGGUGUAACGAGGUCUCCAGAUUUGCUGUCGCAGCAAAGUUCCUUUGUAACUCCAUUUGAGAUACAGUCUAAGGACUCGAACCCUUCUAAAUCAAAAGAUAGGAUCCAGUCGAAAGAAUCUCAGCCUUCAAUCGAGUCGUACCCGAGACCGGCUUCUAAGUCUUCUGGUUUAGGUGGGAGCCUUGAUCUUAAAGUUAUGUCCAGUCCAUUGAACAAACCCCAAACAGAGAAGGCAAAUACUCAUACUGAAAGUCUAAAUCGAAGUUCUGAGUCUAAAAACAGUAGCACAAGAACUUGUAAAGGGGUUACGAGCUCCACUUUUAAUAUGCCUGGGGAAAACAAGAUUUCUGGGAUCAAAGUCGAUUUAGAAACACUUAAAGAAAGAAGUACAGAAUUUGGCCAGCUGUUAGAUAAAGUUCAAGAAAAGAGAUUCGAAAAAGUCGACGCUGUCAAGGAAAAGCAGGCUAAUAGGGAUGUCAUCCAGAAAUGGGUGGAGCAUUUUAAGUUGGCAGGCAAAAAGACCGCAUCUGCCAUCGAAACCAAAACGUCAGAGACUAUUUUGGCACCCUCCGAAAGUAGUAAAGAAAAGAAGGUUUAUUUCAUAGAAACGCUGGUAAAGGAAAAUAACAUAUGGGUACCUAAGAACUCAAGGUCUUCCAAUACCAUUUCACGUCCCUCUAGCAAAAAUAUUACCUCAAUAGAGCCAACCACAAGCGCCAAAUUGGCAUUGCCAUUAAAAAUCGUCCCCAAAAAUGAAGCUCCAACUGCGUUUAAGAAAACCGUCAAACCAGUUCCUUCAUCCGAACUUAAGUCUAAUAAGAAUACUCAAUUUGAUGUCGCCAGUAAAGCAACCAAGCCCACUGAAUUUAUUCUAGGUCAGCCUCCUUCAACGAAAAAUUCGCAAUCUAACGAGUGGGCAUCUCCAUCGGUCGACUCCAAGAAUUCAAAUGCAGUACUAAACGCGAAGAGUAAUAAAAUUAGUAACAUAGAUCACGACAGACCUAAAGCUCAGUCCACAGAGGAAAUAGUCGCAAUGUUUAAGGAAGACAAUGAUAGUGACCAGGCUAAAAUUGAGGAAGGCAGAGUCAGAGAAUUGUUCAACACACUAGACAAAUUUAAUGAUAGGCCGGGUUCUUGGUGGACUCUGCCAGAACUCUCUUCAUGCACUAAGAAUAAUCAAUCAGAUGUUUUGGCCGUGCUUUCAUCGAGGUCCGGUAAAAAAGGAGGAGGUACCAUAAGUGAAAAAGGACACCUCGAUAGCACUGACUCGGGCAACAAAACUGAAGAUACCUUCACAAAACUUGGCGACUUAGACUCGACGAUCCGAGAAGAGGAAUAUGUUGAUCAAAGAAAGAAAGACAAGCUCAGCGAAGAUUAUUUUGCAAAGCUAAGUAACUUGGAUUCGACUAUCCGAGAGGAAAGCGGUGAUGAACAGAAAAAGCAGGACAAGUCAAAAGAGAGCGAUAUCAAGGAUGAGAAGAAUGUUGAUCAGAGAAAAUUUGAUCUAGCAAAGAAAGUUUCGUCUUUCAUGAAGUCUACCCAGAAACCAAAAAGAUUUGAAAAAAUGGAUUCAAAGACCAAAAGCAAAGUAGAAACGACAUCUGAGCUAACACCCAGCGAUCUGUACGACCCAAUAGCUCCGGAGGUUUCCUCCCCAGCUCCUGUGGAAUCGGGCAAAGCCGAUCUUGAAGAUAUCAAGGAGCCCAGACCCAGCCUAGAGGCUCCAGCGGUCAAGCCCAAGAAGGAGGAAGCCAAAGUAAAGGCACCCACGGCAGCGGAUGAAACCAAAAUCAAGGCACCCACGGCAUCGGAUGAAACCAAAAUCAAGGCACCCACGGCAAUGGAUGAAACAAAAACUAAGGUCGACGAAAAAGCUCCGCUGGAACAAAGUCAGCCGAAAAAAGAAAAGCCACAGCUGGAUGAUGGGGAACUGGCCCUGAAAUUGCUGGACAAAGCUACAGGGGAGAUACCAGUGACGGCGCAACCGACGCCAAAACCGCAAGUCGAGAAGAGCCUCUUUCAACACCUCUUCGAUAAGAUCUUGGGCAGGGGCAAAAGCAACCAGGGCAAGCGCCACAUGUCCUCCUAUACAGGUCGACGUCACCUGAGCACUAGUUCCAUGGUUACAUCUCCAAUGCAGGUUAUAAGGACAAAAGUUGGGGAUAGGACAUUCGUCAGUCGGGAAUCGGCCAACAAAAUACUAAGCGUUGUGCAUGAAGAUAAACUGGAUCCACAGGAGGAAUCCCCUGUUGUCAUUCGCCUGCAACAACCCGUGCUGGAACCCCCGACAUUUGAACUGUUUGCCAAAAAUGAUGACACUGAGAUAAAAGGAGGCUCGCCCGAAUGCUCUUCGCCCAAGAAGUCGCCGCGAGAGCUUCUGCGGGAAAAGCAACAGACCAGAAAGAUCAAGAUCCUGGGCGGAUCCGAGGAGUGUGCCAAGAAGAUGAAACGACUCAAGGAGCUCACGAAGGAAAAGGACGACGACGACGACUGUGGCAGUCGUCAGUUCUCCAGCAGCGUAUCGCGCUUUUGCCGCCAGCUCUGGUUUUCUAUUAUUCCAGAGGCGGCAAACAACUCGAACAAAGUCAAAUAACCUGCCAAUCUUGCCGAUAUGAGCACGGAGAUGUCGAUACGAUAACUGGAUACCAGGUUGGACUGAAUCUUGAGACCACAUACAAGGGGGUUGAUCUGAUGACUUUCUGCAACUUAACAUAGUACUGGAUCUGGUCAGAUCAAUGCGGAGCUACUAAUAAUAUAGAAACAUCCUCCAAUAAUGGAUUUAUGACUUGAUUAACUAAUGUAAUUUAAUGGCAAUAAAAUUACUUAUUGAACAAUUCAAA